GUUGAACAAAAUUUUUUGAUAAAAUGCCCCUGCCUCAAGACAAUACUUUAAUCGUCACAGCGGGAAUUCGGGAUGUGAGGCGCAUAGAGGAUCUCUUUGAGGCCAAGAACACUUGGCACUUUGGGGCGAAGGACUCACCGCCGCUGGAUACCUUGUUUGUUAGGAACCAGGCGCAACGGCUGUUGGUCUACAACAAGCAGGAGUUUCAUCUACUGCUGGCCUACAGCGAGUUCGCCAACCAUCCAAAUAUUCCGGUCCUGCAUAACGAUCUCUGGCUGCACUGGCUGAGUGCUCGGUUUUGCCUAGAUCUCCCCAUCACGCUGCUCAAUUCCAUCUUUUUCAACUUCUUCAUCUGCAAAGAGGGCCAACCAAAUAUUCUCAAAAAUAUCAUCUUGGAGGUCUUUUAUAAUGAGCAUUUGGUGAGCUAUGUGCUGGUGGUCAAACCCCCGGAUUGUCCACCAGGCCAAUAUGAUGCCGUUCAGGCUUUGGGUAAAACCUAUUACCCAAAGUACUCAAAAGUCUCUGAGCAGAAGCAUCUCCCCGCUGUCAUCGUGAUCCAUCGGCUUAAUAUCAUGCCAGUUAUCUCUUUUCGCAAAGCGCUACCCGAGGACAAUGACGAUAUUGUCGAAAUGAUUGAUUCCGAGGAUCCGGAACUGAGGAAAAAGCAUGGAGACUUUUACAUUGCAGAGCACCUGCUAAAUGUGGAUGGUUCUGAGGAUGAUGAUAAGAUUAUAAUUGCCGAGUUUGAAGAGGAGAUUGCAGAUAAUGUCAAGGGCGCAGGCUUAAUGUGGCUAUCGGAUUCAAUAGAUAUUGAAAAACUGGCAACAAACUUUCACUUGGAACGUCUGGGUAACUUGGCGCGAUAUACACCAGGAAUAAAACAUGCUCGUGUGCAUUUCGACGUGCUCUCAGUGGAGCAAAAGUCUUUUAAGCAGUUGUAUACCAAGUCGCAAAUGGAAGUAAUAUAUAAAAACCGAGAGAGUAAGAUAAACCAAGAUGGAAAAGAUGAAGCGAAGAAUGUUUUGUUCAGAAAGUAUAAGCAUAUUUAUGAUGAACUCCGUAAGGCAAACUACUAUAUGAAAGCCUGUCAAGACAAACUGGAGAUCGCUUUCGAUUUGCCACCUGGCGAACACUCCCACAGCGAAAGUAGGCUACAGCACCUGGGAAAGGCCUCGAAUGGAUUCCUGCUUAAGAUGUUCCAGUUGCAUCCACUGGUACGCUUUGAGUACACAUACUACUCCUUGUCAGCCAUGUUCAGUGCCUUUCCGGAUCACGAUUACUGUGUGACAAUGGUGCCAGCCACCGUGUCUACGAGUCCUUGCCAGCGGGAACUGCUCAGGUUCUUUUUGCCGGUUGCCCAUCGUCCAAGUAGCUCCGUGUCCGAAAACAUGUUCGUUGCUCAUCGAAGUACUUUGUUCGGGGAGCUCCGUGUACAGCGCUUUGAAAGACAGGAGAUUGAAGAUGUCAGAACCAUUAUAAGCUCGCAGGGCCGCAAAAGGGACACAUUUUUGGAUGAUGAUAUUGGUGAUGGUAAUAUACUCGACGAAUAUACGCAGGAGGUUCUGGGCAUUUUUGAUGAUAUCAUCGAUGAAAUCCUCGAGGAUCCCAUGAGUGAUCUGACCUGUUUCACCAUUCGCUGUGGUCAAUCCAAGAAGCACACCGACUGUCCAUUGGUGGGCUUUCUGAUUCUAAGCCCCUUUAUGAUUUACGAUGAUUUAAGCAAGGUAUUCAUGAUGCCACGAGAUCAGUUCUCGCUGAUGCACAAUCGUGGAGAGAUUGUCAUGUUCAGGCUGCACCCGUUCUUCCAGAUGUGGUGCAAUCCGAUUCUUCGCACAGUGGCUUUAUACGAUAAUUACCGAGAAUUAUACUAUAUAAACUACUUUAAUGGAAUCUCGCUGCCCAACGAUCUGAUGUACAACAUGAUGCCCGUAGAGCCUCGCCGCAUGAAGAAGAAUCUCUUCCAUUACAGGUGCUAUUCCAUUAAACGACGGGUAUCAAAAGCUUCCCGCACUUCCACUGUGGAUAUCUGCAUCAGCCGCCUGCGGCUCUUCUGCCACAAUCUUCAGCCCACCAUGCACAUGGGUGGAAAGAACUCCCUGGUAAUCGUGGGCAUCUCGCACACAAGUCUAGCCUUUUUGCGGACCGUCAUCUUCGCCUGGAAUUCUAAAGACUUGAUCAAUUAUAAGAAGUACAACUGCCUCCCCAUGGUGGACAUCACAGUGAUAGUGGGUCACGGAGUAAUGGAAUCGGCCUACGAUUACGAAUUUUCAUGCAGCUACUGCGCGAAUGGUCGGAACUGCUAUGUGGACACCGGGAACUUGAAUCCCUUUGUGAGGGACGUAAUGCAGCGUAUGGAUGUGAGGCACUGGGUGCGUUUUGUUCCCGGAGUUCUCAAGACUAUAAAGAGGCAGGAAAAGAUAGUGGAACUAAUGGACGGCUGCAAGUUGUACUACGAGAAACUGAUCCUAAUGGCUGCCACGAGGUUCGGUUUUCAGGACAAAGAAUUCAAAGGGCAUCCGAUGCCAAUAAACUAUGUGGUCAAUAAUCAUCGCCUGGACAGGAUUAUUUUCUACCACAAGGUUCGCGAGAUGGUUGAGUCUAUGACGAACUUUAACAUUAUUGUCUACGGGUAUAAUUUGUGCGCCUACGAGUGCCUUCACUUUUUGGUCACGCAUGGCUGUAAUGCCGAGAACAUCACAUAUGUACAGCCCCAUGUGCCAGCGGUAUUGGAGGAGCUGGGAAAUCCCGAGGUGGACUCUCGACUGGAUCCGAUUAUCUUGGAAAUGGUAGCCGAUCUGGGGAUCACGGUCCACUUGUCCACCAACUACAGCCAACUUAUUCUGUGCCAAGAGAACACGUAUAUCGAGCAGGUGGAGUUCAUAACGCAUCCAAGUAGAAAAAAAGUUCUGCUGGAUUGCGAUCUCUUUGUAAACUAUAAUGGGAAUACUAUAAGUACAACUUUGGAAAAUGUUCUCUCUAAUGCAGGAAUUGAGUUGAGUGACAGGAAGAUCGUGGUUAAUGCACGAUAUUGCACCAAUGAUCGAAACAUAUACGCCGCUGGUAGAAAUGUUGUCAUGGUACCCAAACCCAACUUUCAGUACACUUUUACCAGUCCUCAAGAAAUGGCUGAAAAAUUGGCCUACGAAUUAAACAUGGUAAAGAUUGUGAUGCAGUCGCGAUACUCGAGGCCAUUCAUGUUCACGGGCAUUCUGCCCAUGGGCUAUCAAAUCAUCAAGUUCACCCAGCCGAAGCCCAUGCUUAUAGGUCAACUUCCCAUCGAUUUUUCCGAGAGCAUGACCACCUACGAAAAUGGAGACUUCUGCCGCAUCCGACUCAACAGAAAAUUAAUUGUCAUAGAGAUUGUCUGCGUUACCAAGAGGCCAAAACGACUUUACUUCAUGGAGUACUUUUGCGGCAAGCAUGCUAUGCUUCUAAAUGAUUUGCGUGGUCGUUUUCAGUCCGGUUGGAUUAGAAACUUCCUGGACUUCUUUCAACAGCCCUGGACAGAGCUCCUCAUGCACGAUCGAUUCGAGGAUCUACAACUGAAGAAUCGCAGACUUCUGCUGGCCAUGCUGCUGAUGAACAACAAGGAUGCCAAUAAUGCCAGGAGCAGUUUGGAAAGCACGCAGCGGCAGAGGCUCGAGGAAAAUGUAAUCGAUUUCGUUCGAACGUAUCGCAAGGACUUCACCCAUGAAUUUGCUUUGCCAGAGGAUUGGGGUGUCUUUAAUCUAUAAUUUAGUUUGCCUUAGUUUUUCCAUGUUUCAAUACUCCAAUACAUAUGUUUUUGUAUUACAAAAAUAAA